AUGGGGGCGCCCAUUGUUGUCGGGCCAUUGUUCUACGAAGCUAGGCUGUCAGGAGCUUCCUUAAGACCCCUACAACCAACGUCAGCCAAGGAUCGACGGCUGAAACGGUUGGGGGUCCCGACUGUCGUAGCGCCUGAUCGACCCAUCCAGCCGCCCAUAUGGUUUAGUCUGGGGGUGUGGGAAGGAAUACACGAAGAGGAGAAGGAUGAGCAAGAGGAUGAACGAAGAGAGAAGGGAGGAAGGGGGGUGCGGCUAGACAGGGAACUUUCGAUGGUGCAGUGCAGGUGGGCCGACACCACAACACGCACUCACUCAACACACUUACACACCAUAGCCCGAAGCUAG